UCUAAAGGUCAGUCAGUUCACUUGGUUUUUAUGGCGGCUGGUGUUCUACUAUUCGUCGAUGGCGUCCAAUUGUAGAAUUUAUUAUGGACAGGCCAAAAGUAGUUGAAAUUGAUUUUAUAUAAGUUAGUAUAGUAGUAAAAGUAUGUGAUAGUAAUAUUUUCCGUAAUAAUAAGUAUUUAAGUUAAUAAAAAUGGAAGCAAAAACAUCGGAAUGGCGACCGGGCCCUACCGUAUGUCGAUGUUGUCUUACAGAAGGUUGCUACAAAGAUAUAUCUACUGAGUAUUUCUGGAUGGGAAAACGAGAAGUAUACGCAGAAAUGCUUGCCGAUACAUUAAACUUAACUAUUGCCUACUCCCAAUCGGGUGGGCCGAACAGUAAUAGUCGUUUGAUCUGCGAGCCCUGUAUAUCUCGACUCCGUGAUGCAGUUGAGUUCAAACGGCAGGUGGAAGAGUGUGAGAAGACAUUCCUACAGCACUUGGAUCCCAGCACAUCGGGUGUUACUCAAGACGAGUCACAUGAAUCCAUAUUAAAAGGGAAGCAGGUGAAAGUUGAAGUUGUGAAGCUGGAAAGGUUGGAGAGUGAUGAUGAUGAUUUCCAACAGUCACGUUUCAGUGAUGAUGAUGAUGAUGGAAUUGAUGACAUAGAUGAUCAACCAUUAACAAAACUGGCCAAGACACCAAAGAAAGAAUCUGUGGACUUAUUGGAUUUGCUUGAUAAUGCCAAAGUGGCUGAGAAAAGAAAAUCAACGACCAAAGUGAGAGCCACACCCGUUAAGAAGGCUAAACCGAAGAAAGAAACCAAAACAAGCAAGGAUAAGCCUGAGAAGAAGAAAAAAGGGCCCAGAAAGGAACUCGAAGGAUUAAAGAAAGAGAAUAAACCAAAAAGACUGUUUGAAAGGUCUGUGAACCAGAACCCACAGCGACAAAACGCCGUGCUUAUAUUGAAGCAUUCCAACGCGUUUCCAUUUAAGACUCGUUUUAAUAGAAUCAUUUGCUCCUACUGCCACGAGGAGUUUCAAAAUAUGAUAAUACUUCGCGAGCACGUUACCAACGAACAUUCAAAUGCAGAUUUCAAUAGUGCGUUUUACAAAGUAAUAGACGAUCUUAAAAUAGACAUAACCCAAUUCAAAUGUAAACUUUGCUCACUAGAUAUGGCGAAUGUUGAUACGUUUAUGACACAUAUAUCUAGAGAUCAUGGUAUACCGGUUAAUUUCGAUGUACCCUUCGGCGUGCUACCUUAUAAACAAGGUCCCACAGGACUCUGGAUGUGCUUAGACUGUUACAAAAGUUUCACAGAGUUCUCCCAGAUUAACGCCCAUCUGCGAACUCAUGUUAAAAUAUUAACAUGCGAUAAAUGCGGAGCUACUUUCCUGUCCAAACAGGGGUUGCGUCAACAUGAAAAAAGUUUCAAAUGCAACAAAGCGACAUAUAAGCCACGCUUCGGUAAAGCGCUCAAACAUCGCAGUAAUACUGAAAUAAUCCUCCAAUGUUCGACAGCUUGUCCCUUUCGGACCUGGGGGCAUAAUUUUAACUGUGUAUUCUGCCGAGUUCAAUCUAACGACCCAGUCGGAUUAAGAACUCAUAUGGCGAAUCGUCAUGCCAACUUUGAUAUUCAACUCGUGUUUAGUAGGAAAUUGCGAAAGGACUUUCUUAAAGUCGACAUUACGGACCUUCAAUGUAAGCUAUGCUUUAUGUCAAUAGACACGCUUGAUGAAUUGAUGGCACACCUCAAGAAUGACCACAAGCAGCCGCUGAACUUUGAUGUUCAACCGGGAGUGUUGCCUUUUAAACUGAACGACGGCUCCAGUUGGAAAUGUGCUAUUUGCAAAAUGCUCUUCUCUAAUUUUAUAUCCCUUAAAAAGCACACGUCGGAACAUUUCCAUAAUUACGUGUGUGAUACUUGUGGUGAAGGUUUUAUAACUGAGAAUGCUUUGAUCGCUCACACGAAGGUGCCACACGAUAAUAAGUACAAAUGUAGCCGAUGUAUAUCGACGUUCGCGACAUUAGAAGAAAGGAAUUCACACGUUAAGACCCAACAUACGAAUUUACCGUAUAUGUGCGUGUACUGUAAAGAUAAGCCAAGGUUCGGUACAUGGGAACUGCGUAAGCGACAUCUUAUGGAGUUUCAUAACUUCAAGCCGAGGACUGAGAUGUACGAAUGCACGACUUGUCAUAUGAAUUUCAAAACGAGGUCCCAGAAAUAUCAUCAUAAUGUUAAAACUCAUCGCACCAAAAUGGAAACUGAAUUUGGAUUUCCUUGCGGACAUUGCUCUAGGGCUUUCGCGUCGAAGUUAUCUUUAGACAAACAUAUGGCUAAGAAACAUUUUCACAUCUUAUAGUUCUUGUACUCGAUUGCUUUGAACCGGUUUUAAGCUUCUCUCUUAUAAUUGAAAUCUUUUCUAGUCUAUUUGAAGUUAAAUAUA